UGAGCAUACACAUAUGAAGAAGCUAAAGGAUGGAACAAAGACAACUUGGAUCGGGCCACGAGCCGAGACAACCUAUAAUACUUUCAAACAAUCCUUGGAGGAGUUCAUACAAAGCCAACCAACUGAUGAUCAAGGAAAGCCAAUCCAACCAUCCCAGGAGAAUUAUAUGGAAUUGUGGAUUAAGGCGGCUGGUGGCGUACAUAAGGGAAGAGUUUACGGCCUUGGAUCAGAGUUUAGUUCUAGUCGUCGGUCUUUUGGAUCUGGUGGCUCUUCUUCCUCAAGGUCCUCGACUAAUCAGGAUGAGUUUGAGCUAUUGAAUAGAAGAAUAGCAGAGAUCACUGAGUUGUACGCACAGGAAAGGGUUGCACGGGAGGAGGAGGCAAAGCGAAGGGAGGAAGAAGAUAGGUGGAGGGAGGAAGAGGAGAGGCGGAGAGAGGAAGAAAUGAGGCGAAAGGAUGCUGCAUUUACACGUGUCACUGGUGACAUUGAAAGCUUCAAGGCCCAGCUAAACUACCUCUUAGCAGCUGGUGCAUUUCCUCUACCACGUUCUCCAUCACGCUCUAACAAGACUAAGGAGUAG